AUGCCGCCAAGACGCAAUGUAAGGAAUGCGAACAGGGCGCCUACACCUCAGGCGACGGAAGUCGAGAGUGUGGCACAACCAACCCCACAACCUCCACCACCACCACCUCCACCUCAAGUGGACCGAGAAAUUGUGAAGUUGUUUUUGAAACAGAAACCGCCUGUCUUCGAUGGAAUGGGAGAGCCGGAAAAGGCUGAGAGUUGGAUACGCGCAUUGGAGCUCAUUUUUACAAUUCUGAUGUGCAACGAUGCCGAGCGAAUGGCUUGUGUGACCUAUCAGUUGACUGGGUUAGCUGACUUCUGGUGGGAUACCAAGAUGAAGACCACGCCACGAGAUCAAGUGAAUGGAAUGACCUGGGAGAAUUUCAAGGAGGCGAUAUAUAACAAGUACGUGCCAAAGAGCUAUCGAAAGGCGAAGGCGGCUGAGUUUUACAACUUAACUCAAGGGCGCAUGUCAGUGACUUAA